AUAUAUAUAUAUAUAUAUAUCAAAAAAAAACACGGUGAUUUAAAAAAAACCGUCGCGCGACGAAUAUUAUUCAGGUCUAAACUAGCUUGAGUUUUAUUUUCUUCACCUUCAAUGCUAUAUUUGUGUAAAUCAAGAAUUUUCUGCGUCUCAUAACCAUUAUCUUGCCUUGAAGCGAGUACUUCGCCUUCUAAUGUUUAGUGACGUAAAUCCGGGUUGUUUUAGUCCACUUGAAAAGAUAAACUAUAAUCUAURAGCUCUUCAAUCGAGGAUCCGUAUUUGUCAUUUACCAUUUAAACUAAUUUUUCAUUUCAGUUUUAAUUUAUCGAGGGAAAAAAAUAUACUCGAUUUACCAUUAAAUCAAUCGCAAGGGUGCACUUUUAGUUCGUGAAAGUGGUUGAAAUGAUCUUAAAGCCCUCGUUUUUGAUUGCAUUCAAUUGAAYAUCUGUUUUUGGCUUAUCUAUGUAUGAUGAUGUGUUGCUGUUUCGCGCCGCAACUGAAAAAAUUAUGUCUUUAAUACUAGGGACCCCUACAUCUCUCUGGUCUUCUUCCACAUGACUGAAAAGAAAAAAAAAAGAGAACGGAAAUUGAAGAAGGCGAAGGGAGGAUUUGAAGCAAAAUCCUGUUCGUCGUCAUGACAACAUUGAAAAGUCUCCAAUAUUUCAAACGCCGGAAAAAAAUCUCCGAGCUGAUCUAAGGGGAAUUUAUCUUGUUGGAAUCAGUAAUUCAGGGGAUUUUGUUGGGGGAGGGCACUUUAGAACUCUGAGAUAUAAAAAUAAAACACUCGAAUCAAGGAAGAGAACCAGACYACUCACACGUAAUGUCGAGUAAAUUAAUCUAGCUUGAGAAUUCACCCAGAAUUCCAGGUUUUGUUCGUAUGCCUCUUCAGUCCCGUGUACUUUCAAAUCAUUAGCUAGGCCUUCGWAGGGCCAAGUAAACACGAUCACGCGACUUGGGGCUAUGACCAAGAUAGAGACUAYCGAAAACCAAGACAUAUUUUUCGUAAGUUCUUGUGUUUGUUCAUCUUUAAAUGGAUAAACGAGGGUGUGCAAGAAAAAGCGAUCGUCUUCCCUACAAGAGUACGUCUUCCCUACGAGAUCUUCGAUAUGCUACUAGUUGAUCAAACCUUAGGAAGACAGCUUUAAGCUAUUAAGAGAACAAGAUGARCACUUGUAAGCCGAAGGUCUCCUGUCAUUGGUUUAGGAAAGACCUACGUCUCCAUGACAACCCUGCUCUCUCCGAAGCAUUGCAAGGAUCCGAUGAAUUUUACGGAAUAUACGUCCUUUCACCACUGUUCGACAGGCCCAUCGUAUCAGAAAACAAGAAGAAUUUCCUUCUACAGUCGCUAAAAGAUCUGGAUGAAAAUCUUCAGAAGUAUGGAUCAAAGCUACUUGUGUUCCAAGGCCAACUACCACAAGUAUUCUCUCUCAUCUUUCAAAAGCUUGGUUUAACAACACUAACAUUCCAAGCCGCCUUGGAUCGAUACGGAAGACAAAACGAGCGUGUCGUCACACACCUCGCCGAAAAGGCUAACGUUCAAGUUUUUGCAAACGGUUUGCACACACUUUAUGACWWUGAUAUUCUCACGAGUGAAUGCAAAAACGAAAUCCCGAUACAGUUUGAACAGUUCAUGGAUAUGGUGACCGAGCUAGGUCCACCGGAUARGCCUGUCCCUGAUGUCACGUGGUUUCCUAAGCAAGGGAAUCAACUAGACAAAUCAUUCUCUGCACUUGUCAAAGACUCACGGUCACUUAAGCCCACAAUCACCCAUAUGAAGAUGGUGGGUGGGGAACACUCGGCUCUACAAAAGCUAAAGGAGUUUGUACAAGAGAGGGUGCAAAAUGGAUUCGGUGAAGCUCCUUUCUCGCAUGAAACGCUCACGUCAAGCAGAGGCUGUAUUGACCCAUAUCUCAGCUUUGGUUGCCUUUCUCCAAGAACAGUGUAUUACGCCAUUAGAGAAGCUUAUGAAAAGGAGAGUAAACAACACCCAAUCCCUCAAAUAUUUUCGUUCCUGCUCUGGAGAGAAUACUCCAUUCUCCUCAAUGCUCUUGUACCUGACUUUCACAAGAUGGCAAAAAGCAAAUUGUGUUUGAAAAUCAAAUGGAUCGAGAACCAAGAGUACCUUAAUAGAUGGAAAAAGGGUAAGACUGGCUAUCCGUGGAUCGACGCCAUCAUGCGACAGCUCAAUCAGGAAGGAUGGAUNCUACAGCUGCCCUGGGAAGACAAUGCAACUGCACUACAACAGUGGAAAGAGGGCAAGACUGGAUUCCCGUGGAUCGACGCCAUCAUGAGACAGGUCAAUCAGGAAGGGUGGAUUCACAACGUGGCUCGAGAGGCCGUUGGAUGUUUUCUGACACGCGGAUGCUUGUGGAUCAACUGGGAAAAGGGAUACAAAGCUUUCGACGAGCUCCAGUUGGAUUCGGAGUGUGGAAUGAAUGCCAGCUGUUGGAUGUGGUCGUCGUGCAGUACCUACAUCAAGGGAUCGGUUCCUUGGUAUUGCCCCGUAGAGGUGGCCAAGAAGAUGGAUCCAUCUGCUUCAUACAUCAAGCGCUACGUGCCAGAAGUACGCCAUCUACCUACAGAGUAUGCUUUUGAGCGCCAAGAAUACCAGUCCUCCAUUAUCGUUGUUUGGCAACCUUCUCAGACGUGAAUACUUCUUGCAAUCAGCAAGUCAAAACCCUGACCUYCAYAAGAUGGUCAACAAUUCAAUGAGUCUACAGCUGCCCUGGGAAGACAAUGCAACUGCACUACAACAGUGGAAAGAAGGCAAGACUGGAUUCCCGUGGAUCGACGCCAUCAUGMGACAGCUCAAUCAGGAAGGGUGGAUUCACAACGUGGCUCGMGAGGCCGUUGGAUGUUUUCUKACACGCGGAUGCUUGUGGAUCAACUGGGAAGAGGGAUACAAAGCUUUCGACGAGCUCCAGUUGGAUUCGGAGUGGGGAAUGAAUGCCAGCUGUUGGAUGUGGUUGUCGUGCAGUACCUACAUCAARGGAUCGGUUCCUUGGUAUUGCCCYGUAGAGGUGGCCAAGAAGAUGGAUCCAUCUGCYUCWUACAUCAARCGCUACGUGCCAGAAGUACGCCAUCUACCUACAGAGUAUGCUUUUGAGCCUUGGAARGCACCAAAGGAUAUUCAAAGCACGGCCAACUGUGUYMUCGGGGUCAAUUAUCCCAAGCCAAUGGUCAACCAUUUGGAGCAGAGACAAAUAUGCGUUGAGAAACUUUACGAUUUGGGCAUACAGCUAGGAGCAAUAGCUCCAAACCAAGGUCCAACCAGUAUUCACUGGUUUCGUAAAGAUCUCCGUCUUCAUGACAAUCCUUCUCUGUUGGCCUCCAUCAAGAACUGCAGCACAUUUUAUCCA